GAAAUUGGAUACCCAUCCGGUGAACUGGUCAGUUCGCAGCGACCCCUCGGCCGCAGAAUGUCCAGAGUGUCUCGGGACCUUCGACUGUACCUACGCCUGCUACACCUCAUGGGCCUGAUGUGCUGGCACUUCGAUUCGGAGGGCUGUCAGCUGGUGGCCACGCCCCAAAACGAGCGAUACGCCUUGGGUUAUGCGGUCUUGAUUUUGACCGCUAUUACUGUCUGCUUCACCUUUGCUCACCUCCAACCGGAUCGCUUUCACAUUCCCAUUUACAACCGAACGGGAAAUUUCUACGAGACCAUUAUCUUUCGCAUCACGUGCCUGGUUUUGAUCCUGCUAUAUGUGAUUCUAUAUUUCCGGCGGCACCGGCACAGGCGUCUCAUUCAACACCUAUUGCAACUCAACAGGCGGUGCGUGGGCUGUUCCACAGACCGCCAAUUUCUGCACAAUUUAAUACUCUACGGCAUAUUGUCCGUGGUCUCUUUUGGCAACUACCUGCAUGGAUAUAGUCGCGCUGGAAUGACCGGACUUCCGCUGGCUUUGUGUUUGGUGGUCUACGUCUAUGCCUUUCUGGUCCUCUGUCUGCUCCUAGUGUUCUUUGUGUGCCUCAAACAGAUCAUGGCUGCAGGCCUGAUCCACUACAACCGGCAGAUGGACCUAGGCCAUCUGAUUCCCGGUCUCCGAGGCAGGCAGCAGAUCCUCAGUGUUUGUGGGGGUGAGCUAAACGAGUGCUUUGGCUUGCUCAUGCUGCCCAUUGUGGCCCUGGUGCUACUGAUAGCGCCAUCGGGACCCUUCUUUUUAAUCAGCACCGUGCUAGAGGGUAAAUUCGGCCCCACGGAAAGCCUAGCUAUCCUCUUAACUUCCUCCACCUGGGACACGCCCUGGAUGAUCAUGUUGUUUCUCAUGCUGCACGCCAAUGGCAUAACGGCGGAAGCAAAUAAAACGGCAAAGAUAUUAGCCAAAGUACCUAGGACCGGUACUGGUUUAGAUAGAAUGAUUGAGAAAUUCUUACUCAAAAACUUGCGACAGCAACCCAUUCUAACAGCUUAUGGAUUUUUCGCCCUGGAUAAAAGCACUUUGUUUAAGUUAUUUACAGCAAUAUUCACGUACAUGGUUAUUUUGGUGCAGUUUAAGGAGAUGGAGAAUUCUACAAAGUCAAUUAGCAAAUUUUAA